UCCCAGCACUAGGAAGGCUGAGAUAGGAGGACCUUGCCUUUCAAGCCAGUCUAGGCUAUGUACUAAGAUUCUGUCUCAGAAAACAAAGAAAGAUGAAGGAGCUGCUUGUGGAGGAAGAGAUUUCAGAUGGGGAUCUUACCACCAUUAUGUCCUUUCACAUUCACCCUGCCCAUUUUGGGGAACUCUUGUCAGAACAGAAAAAGAAAGUGUGAGGGGAAGGAAAGAGGAGAGGAGGAUGUGGGGUGGAAGCAUCAAGACUCCACAUCAAGCAACCCAAAAGACUGAACCCAGAACGGACAAGCAGACUGGUGGUAUGAGAGUGUAAUUCCGGCUAUUCAGGAGACAGACAGGAUGGGAACAUCACCAAUCCCAGGUCAGCUGGGGCUAUAGAAGGAUCCAGAACUAAGAGACCAGCAUUUGCUGGUAAGUACUGGUGGCUGGACUUCAGAAGAUGCAUUCCAGGGGUCUGUAUGUAGUUUGUGGGGAGGAUAAAGUACCUGGGGAAUUUGGACGUUGAACCCACAAAACUGUAGGAAGGAAGUUAGGGGCUCCCUGAAUCAAGGGUGUUGCUAUUACGAAUCUGAGACCGGAAGUGGUUGUUUGUGUGGCUCACAGAAGGUGACUACUGAUUAGACCCAAGGCCCAAUAUCUCAUACACACUCAGCCUGGACUUUGCCUCUUCGGGAAUGCGGACGCCUGCCUUCUUUUGCCACACCUGGAAUCAAAGCCCUUUUUUCCUGUAACUGUCACUCAGGUUUAAAUAUAUCAAGGAAGUGGAGAGAAUUUGAAGGAACUUGGAAAGGUGAGGGGCCUAAGGGAACCAGGAGCCUGGGAACUGGCAGUGAAGAGGCAGGAAAACAGACAAACAUCAUUGAUUAGGACUGAGGAAGAUAGGGAGAAGAGCCCUGAGCAAAGGCUGGCCUGCAUCAGCCUUCCAGCUAGUGGGGCCACUGAAGCAGGAGUCCAUCCUCAGCACCACACGCCUGAAGACUGCUUGCUGACGUGGGAAACCCAGCUUCUUAACUUCUACUGCAGAGCCCAGCAAUGUGGAAUUACCUCUCCUUGCUGCCUGUCAUCUUAGCUCUGUGGGCUAUAGCUGGCAUCUGGAUUGUUAACUGUGGCUCUUACGCUCCCCAGAGCUGCAUUUUCGGCCAAAUCCUCAAUACAGGAGCUGCUCUAGCUGUUUGGAUCUGCAUUGUGCGUUAUCACCAACUACGGGACUGGGGUGUCAAAACGUGGCAAAACCAGCUAAUUCUGUGGUCGGGGAUCCUCUGUGCCGUGGGUACCUCCAUAGUAGGCAACUUCCAGGAGAAGAACCAGAAGCCCACACACCUGGCAGGGGCCUUUCUGGCCUUCAUCCUGGGCAACCUGUACUUCUGGCUACAGUUCUUUCUGUCCUGGUGGAUGAAAGGCCUGCCCCAACCUGGGCCCCACUGGAUUAGGCUUCUGCGCCUGAGUCUCUGCAGCCUCUCCACCAUCCUCAUCGUGACCAUGAUUGUCCUGCACUCCCUGCACAUGCGCUCUGCCUCGGCUAUCUGCGAGUGGACAGUGGCCAUGUUGCUCUUUGUGCUCUUUGGCUUCUUCGCCGUGGACUUCUCCAGCUUCCGUGGCUGCACCCUGCACUUACAGCCCCACCUGGACUCCAGCCUCCAACAAGCUCCCUCUGGGUCUCCAAAUAUACAGAUGGCAAUGGUGCUCUGACCAGGCCCCACACUACUGGUAGAGGAAGAAAGAUGGAGCCAUCCCAGGCUCGCCGAACAGUAUGCUGGAGGCUGAUGUGGACAGCCUGAUGAGUGCACGGCGAGGAGGACUUGUGCUCACUGCUUAGAGAGGCAGUACCUUGGUACCCACCUGUCCCUGUGAUCAGAAGCACCCCAGGAAUUGAGAGGCGAAGGCCAGCCAGCUGUCCCUGAUCAAGGCUAUUUAUUUUUGUUGUUGUUGUUGUUGCCGCCGGCGGAAUCAGACACGGACGCAGGCAGGAUCACGCGAAACCAGAAUUCCUUCCGGGAGAGCAAAUCCGUACAGAAGGUCAUAGGGGAGUGGGAGAAGGACCUGGUGGGGAGCAGGGGCCCAUGAAGGGGAGUGGGGGUUGGGGAUGACACAGAGACAGAGGGCCCUGUCCGGAUCUGCUAAGCCACCCCCAUCCCUCCCCCACCCCACCCGCAGAGUUUGAUCAAUAAAUAAAAUAAUAAAUAAAUUAAUAAAUAAAUAAAAACAGCUCCCACCCCCUUUUUGCCCUAGAACCUCCCCCCAUUGGGUAUGGCCCCUGGAGCCCUAUCCCUGCAGGGCAAGGCCAAGUUUUGUGUCCCCCCCUCCCAACAUACUCCUUGGGCCUUAUAUACAGAUUCACAGUAGGGGGGCAGGGAAGGGGGUGGAGGGGGUUCCCCUCCUUCCCUGGCCCCCUGGGGUCAGGGUAGAGGGGUUCCAUUGGUGGCCAGGAGCUUCUUGUCCUUAGAGGGUCCUCGGCGGGGAGAGCUACUCAGAUCAGGGUCAGGGCGGCCUGGUGGAGGCUGCAGGCUUCGGGGUGGGGUACCAGCAGGCCGGGUCUGGGCUCCAUUCUUCUCAUCUGCAAAGGAGGAAGUAAUUUUGCAUGGGCAGACAGGCUGCUGAACACAGGUUGAGCUCCUGUUUGUUGGUCACAGUAGCACCAAGAAACCAAACUUGGGCUGGCAGGAUGGUUCAGUGGAACUUGUCACCAAGCCCGAUGAUCUGAAUUUAAUCCCUGGGACCCAUACAGAUGGAGAGAGAGAACUGACUCCCACAAGUUGUUCUCUGACCUCUACAUGUAUACCAUGGUGCUCACCCCCAAUAUACAAAUAAACAAACGUUAACAGUAGUAAUAACAACGACAAUCAUAAUAGAGGUUGUUAUGUCCACCAUCUGUGGGACUUGAAGCCCCAAGACAGCUGCCACAGAGAAGCACACUCAUUCCUACAUGAGUACCCAUGAGUUCCCACAGGUACAUUCUAGCUUUGAAAAACCUGCCCAGGGGUUGGGGAUUUAGCUCAGUGGUAGAGCGCUUGCCUAGGAAGCGCAAGGCCCUGGGUUCGGUCCCCAGCUCCAAAAAAAGAACCAAAAAAAAAAAAAAAAAAAAAAAGAAAAAAAAGAAAAA